AUGCCAUACCUGCCCAUAGAGGACUACGGAAUCAUCGGCAACAUGCAUACUGUGGCGCUUGUAGGAACAAACGGCUCCAUCGACUGGUUUUGUUCCCCCAACUUUGACUCGCCCAGCAUUUUCGCCGCCAUCCUGGACGAGAAUAAAGGCGGGUACUUCAAGAUUGCCCCAGCUUUUUAUCAAGAGGACCUGACCACCAAGCAGAUGUACUGGCCGGAAACCAACGUGCUGGUAACCCGUUUCCUCUCAUCGGAAGGGGUCGGAGAGGUCAUUGACUUCAUGCCGGUAGGCGAGCAUCACUCACAGCACAACCACAACGAACUGAUCCGCCGGGUCAACGUGGUGCGGGGAACCAUGACCUUCCGGAUGGAGUGCUUUCCUGCAUUCAACUUCGCCCGCAACAGACAUGAACUCCACGUUAAUGGCAAAGGCGCGGACAUGAUCUCCGAGGGCAUCACUAUCAGGUUAUCCUGCACCUUGCCGCUGGAACGUUCCGGUGACGGGCUAGUGUCCGAGUUCACCCUGCAGGAGGGGCAGACCGCCACCUUCGCCCUCGACGAGACCAGCAAUAACCUGGAAGCUCUCCAUCCCUUCGACGAGGCCGAGAGCGAAGUCCUAUUCAACGAUACGGUGGAAUACUGGCGAAGCUGGCUGUCCCAGUGCACCUACCGGGGACGCUGGCGGGAAAUGGUACACCGGUCCGCGCUGGUGCUGAAACUUCUUACCUACGAUCCGACUGGAGCCAUAGUAGCUGCUCCCACCUGCAGCCUGCCCGAGGACGUGGGCGGUGUCCGCAACUGGGAUUAUCGGUAUACCUGGAUCCGGGAUGCGGCAUUUACUCUCUACGCCCUGCUGCGCAUCGGGUUUACCGAGGAAGCCAGCAAUUUCAUGAAGUUCAUCGAGGCCCGGGCCAAAGAACUUAAUCCGGACGGUUCCCUGCAGGUCAUGUACGGGAUAGACGGGCGUCACGAACUUACCGAGGAAAGCCUCUGGCACCUGGACGGUUACAAGGGUUCGACUCCGGUACGUAUCGGCAACGGGGCCCACAACCAGUUGCAACUGGAUAUCUACGGCGAGUUGAUGGACUCGGUCUAUAUCUACAACAGGCACGCCGAGCCCAUCUCAUUUGAUUUCUGGAACCACUUGCGCCGGCUUACAGACUGGGUGGUGGACAACUGGAACCGCGAGGACGAGGGCAUCUGGGAGGUCCGAGGCGGGCGAAAACACUUCGUGUAUUCCAAGCUAAUGUGCUGGGUCGCCAUGGAUCGGGCCAUCCGCCUGGCUGAUGCACGCGCCUUUCCGGCAGACCGGCCCCGAUGGGAAGCCACGCGGGACGCCAUCUACGAGGAAAUCAUGGAGCACGGCUGGAGCGAGGAGCGCCAGGCCUUUGUUCAAUCCUAUGACAGCGAUUGCCUGGACGCUUCGAACCUGCUAAUGCCCCUGGUGUUCUUUGUGGCCCCAUCUGACCCGCGCAUGCUGAAGACUAUAGAAGCCACGAACCGGUCGCCGGAACAAGGGGGCCUGGUUUCCAACAGCCUGGUUUACCGCUACAACAUUGAAAUGUCGCCCGACGGAUUGAUGGGUUAUGAAGGGUCCUUCAACAUCUGCACCUUCUGGCUGGUGGAAGCCAUGAGUCGGGCCGGCCGCUACGACCCCAAGGCGCUGGACCAAGCCCGGCUAAUCUUCGAAAAGAUGCUGAGCUACGCCAACCACCUGGGACUUUAUGCCGAGGAAACGGGUCACAGCGGUGAGGGUCUGGGCAACUUCCCGCAAGCCUUUACCCACCUAGCCCUGAUCAGCGCAGCCUGCAACCUGGACCGGGACAUUGACACUGCGGGCCAGGUUAACUGGUAG